AACGUUGCAUCACCUGGUGAACAAAAUUGUUCUUGAAGGCGAGAAGCAACACCCGUCCAUCAACCCCACCGUCGGUGUUUAACAAAAACUUCUUACGGCCCUGUUUUGUACGGUGUGUAUUUUCACAGUCACGAGAACGGGGCAACGGGCUAGUUUUUCUGCCCGAGGAUGGCCGCGAUGCUGUCCAAUUGUUCGCGUCUUGCACCUCGUGCUUUGACACGUCUAACACUAUCUCAAUCUAAGGUGGUAAGGUCUUUUCAUCGUGAAGGACGUGUAUUUAUUCGAACUAGAUGUCUUCACGACCCGAAAUCACUAAAGUAUGUAAAUAUCAAUAACAACCAAUGCUGUAAUAUUCAACAAACAAGAUUUUUCCGCUCAUCGCCUGCGCUAUGGGAGGUAAAAGAUAUUGUUGUUCCACCUUUUGGAGCUGAAAGUGUAACCGAAGGCGAUGUGAGGUGGGAUAAAAAACCCGGUGAUCAAGUCAAGGAAGAUGAUGUUCUUUGUGAAAUUGAAACCGAUAAGACGUCAGUUCCGGUGAAUGCACCAGGAAACGGUGUUUUGAAAGAAAUUUUUGCCAAAGAUGGCGAGACGGUGAAACCUGGUCAAAAAUUAUGUUCGUUGGACAUUGGAGCAACGGGAGGAGCGGCGCCAGCUGCGGAAAAAGCUGCACCACCACCUCCAGUUGCGGAAGCUCCAAAACCUGCGGCAGCUCCACCACCGCCUCCACCUGCUGCUGCUGCAGCGGCGGCUCCUCCUCCUCCACCACCGCCACCACCUCCUCCUCGUGCUCAACCACCGCAAGCGCCAGCGACUUCAAUGCCUGUUGCUGCCAUUAAACACGCUCAGUCCUUGGAAGGAGCGAAGGUUCAACUUCCACCUACGGACUAUUCUCGGGAAAUAAUUGGCACGCGAACGGAGCAACGGGUAAAAAUGAAUAGAAUGCGUUUGCGAAUUGCCGAAAGACUUAAGGACGCACAAAAUACAAAUGCCAUGCUUACGACUUUCAAUGAAAUCGAUAUGAGUCGUUUGAUGGACUUUAGAAAAUCAAGCCAAGAGCUCUUUAUGAAGAAAUACGGUCUGAAAUUGGGCUUUAUGAGCGCCUUUCUUGCGGCAAGUGCUUAUGCCUUAAAGGAUCAACCGGUGGUGAAUGCUGUGAUUGAUGGCGGUGACAUUGUCUAUAGGGAUUAUGUCGAUAUAAGUGUGGCAGUCGCGACACCAAAGGGUCUCGUUGUUCCUGUUCUUCGUAGUAUAGAAAAUAAAAAUUUCGCUGAAAUUGAAAUUGCCCUGGCAGCGAUAGGUGAUAAGGCGCGAAAAGGAAAAAUUACCGUUGAGGACAUGGACGGUGGUACAUUCACGAUAAGCAAUGGCGGAGUUUUUGGCUCACUCAUGGGAACACCCAUCAUUAAUCCACCUCAAAGUGCAAUUUUAGGAAUGCAUGGAGUCUUUGACCGACCAAUCGCUGUUAAAGGACAAGUUGUGAUUCGACCAAUGAUGUACAUUGCUCUGACGUACGAUCAUCGAUUGAUCGACGGCCGUGAGGCAGUUAUGUUCCUCCGUAAAAUCAAGGAUGCUGUCGAGGAUCCAAGAAUUAUUUUAGCCGGUCUUUAAAUUAACUAAGCGGACAUCAGUGCUCGAACCGCUUUGAAAAAGAAAAAAUACGCCUCUUGUGUCCAGUAUACCAACCAAUUAUUAUUAUUAUUAUUGUUAUUAUUAUUAUUAUUAUUAUCUGUACAGAAAUGAGUCGCUAGCUCGAUUGUGAUUGCAGAAAAGAAUGUUGACGAGAAAACUCUGAAGAAGUAAAAAAAAAAAAACUUUUUUUUGAGAAUUUUUUGCGUAUUCGAUCUCAGAAAAGGAAAAUGACUCGAAUUUUUUGUUUCUUUUGUUUUUGAAAAAUUCGAAUCCCCCCAACGUUAACUGGAGUAUAAGAGGAGAGAACAAUCAUUGGACAAAGAUGUGCUGUAAAUAAUGUAUGAAAUUUAUGCUCAGUGAUGGGAUGAGUUCAAAGCGAGAGACAAAAAGCGGCAAGAAUUUUAAUAUUUUUUAAUCGUUUUGUGUCGAAAAUUGUGAAUUAAAUAUUUUUUCACUGAUUAACAUUUAAUUAGUGAUGAAGUCAUUUGCAAUUCUUGGCUUACUAAUUGUAUUAUUUGAAAAAAUAAUAUGCAAUUUUUAAAAAAAAACAAUUUUUGUAACAGUAAUUAAAUUUGUCGAAUUGAAGUUUUUUUUUUUUUUUUUAAAUUAAUAUGAAGAUCAUUUUAAUGAUCGUAAAAAAGAGGCUGCUGCGUCUCAAGAUCGUUAAUCGAAGAAAUAUUUAUAUAAUUUUUUUUUUCGUAAUAAUUUGUAAUUUAUUUUUAUCCCGACGACCUUUGCACGAACAAAACGUCACUGAGAAGCAAAGAAACAAAAAAAAAAAUUAAAUCUACAACAUCGACCGAAUUUAGAAUCUGUUAUUUGUCACUUAUUAGAUGUAUCUCAAAAAAAAAAAAAAAAAAAAAAAAAAAAAAUAAGAAUAAACACGCCGAUCUACAAA